AUGGAGGAGAUCUUAGAAAUGAAGAUUCAACAUGUUAAAAAUUAUGUGAAGAGGUGCAACAAAUUUAUUAUCUCAGAAAUUCAGGUUGUUAUUGACUUCACAGCUACAUGGUGUGGUCCUUGCAUAUAUAUGGAACCAGUUCUUACUGACUUUGCUGCAAAAUAUACAGAUGUUGAGUUUGUCAAGAUUGAUGUUGAUGAAUUGGAUGAUGUAGCUCAGGAAUAUGGGGUUCAAUCGAUGCCAACGUUCGUGCUGAUAAGGAAAGGGAAGGUUGUUGACAAGAUUGUGGGAGCAGAUAAAGAUGGACUAAAGAAGAAAAUUGAGAAACACAAAGCUAUGUUCAUCUAAGCAAAUUAAACCAAAGUGUGCAAUAAAUGUUUGAGCAGAGUUUGCUGGAAUG